AAACACAUGGCAUGUGUCUUCGGUCCCGGUCAUUUCAGACGAAGAAAUUAGAAGUCCAGAUUGAUUUUUCUACAACAUAUGCAUACAGAAACAUGUUGCCUAUAUAGGCGGUGCCAAGGGAAGCCUUUGACGCUGAAACAUAGCUGGUUGUCAUCACACCAUAUGGCUGCAAGAGCAUUGCUGGCGGUUGUCUUCCCAUCUCUCCUUCUUGUUGUCGCUUUCAGCACCGACGACGGCGCCUUUGGCCUGCAGCCGAUAAGCCGGAGGAGCUUCCCCAAGGGCUUCAUCUUUGGGACGGCCUCCUCGGCCUACCAGUAUGAGGGUGGCGUAAUGGAGGGGGGCAGGGGAUCAAGCAUCUGGGACAACUUCACUCACCAACACCCAGAUAAAAUUGCCGACGGAAGCAAUGGGGAUGUGGCAGUGGACUCCUACCAUCUUUACAAGGAAGAUGUGCGCCUUAUGAAGGAUAUGGGAAUGGACGCAUACAGGUUCUCCAUCUCAUGGACAAGAAUUCUUCCAGAUGGAACUCUGCGAGGUGGAGUCAACCGAGAAGGCAUCAAGUAUUACAACAACUUGAUCGAUGAGUUGUUGUCCAAAGGGGUGCAGCCAUUUGUGACACUUUUUCACUGGGACACUCCACAGAGAUUGGAAGAUAAAUAUGGAGGAUUUCUUAGCCCUAAUAUCAUAAAUGACUAUAAAGACUUUGCUGAAGUCUGCUUCAAAGAAUUCGGAGAUCGCGUGAAGCAUUGGAUCACAUUGAAUGAGCCAUGGUCCUUCUGUGUUUGGGGUUAUGCAGAGGGCGUAUCUGCACCAGGUCGGUGUUCUCCGUGGGAGAAGGCAAACUGCAGCGCCGGGGAUUCAGGGAGGGAGCCAUACACUGUCGGACACCAUCAGAUACUCGCUCAUGCAGCAGCCGCAAGAUUGUAUAAACAGAAAUAUAAGGGCAUGCAGAAGGGCAAGAUCGGAAUAACUUUGGUCGCAAACUGGGUUAUUCCCAUAUCCCGUUCAAAAUCAAGCAUUGCCGCGACGAAACGCUCUAUGGAAUUCAUGCUUGGAUGGUUUUUGGACCCGCUCUGCAGAGGAGACUACCCCCGGAGCAUGAAAGUAUUGGUCGGAAACCGUCUGCCGCAGUUCACCAAAAUACAGUCUAAAUUGGUGAAGGGUGCAUUUGACUUCAUUGGACUCAACUACUAUACUACAAACUACGUUGGUAGCCUUCCUCCAUCAAAAGGCAUGAGGAACAGCUACUCUACCGAUGCUCAAGCUAUUCGUACCGGUGUUCGAAAUGGUGUUCCCAUAGGCCCUCAGGCUGCUUCACCUUGGCUCUACGUCUACCCUCAAGGCUUCCGUGAUCUGCUACUUUAUAUCAAGGAUAAUUACCACAAUCCAACCAUCUACAUCACUGAAAAUGGAAUCGAUGAAGCCAACAACAAGAGCCUACCACUCAAGGAAGCCCUCAAGGACGACGCCAGGAUAGAGUACCACCACAGGCACCUUGAUGCCCUGCUGAGUGCGAUCAGGGAUGGGGCAAACGUGAAGGGGUACUUCGUGUGGUCACUGCUCGACGACUUCGAGUGGACGAGCGGGUACACGGUGCGGUUUGGGUUACACUUUGUGGACUACGACCAUGGUUUGAAGCGGUACCCCAAGCGCUCCGCGGGCUGGUUCAAGAAGUUCCUCAAGGAUGAUCUCACAGAUCAACUGGAAACCAGCAACAAAGAUGGAGGCGUUGUACGUGUUACAGAUUGCAAUAGAUGCUUGACUGAUUAUGUAGUUUGUUGGAACAAUAAAAUACUCCACGAUUUAAAGAUCAAUGUAACAGGAGGCUCGUGCGUGAACAUAUCUAGUGAUACCAUAGUAUAGAUGAUAUUGUGGUACGAAUAUCAAAUGACCUUAAAUUUAAAUUCAAGAAAGGGAAUAAAUAAAUAUUU